GUCCGGGGCUGUGGCCACGCGCGGCGGUUCCGCUGCUUGACUGGCUGCCUUCCUCGUUCGCUCUCUGCCUCUGCCUCCCGGUGGGCCCUCCCCGCCAUUGUCGGAGAGGAGGAGGAGGCCGCGCCCUGCCCUCGAGUGUCCCAGGGCCCGGAGCCAGGAGCAGCGGGGCCUCGUGUAUUGUCUAAUUCAUUAAGUACCAUGUCUGAUAACGGGGAACUCGAAGACAAGCCACCAGCUCCACCUGUUCGGAUGAGCAGCACUAUCUUCAGUCCAGCCAGCAAAGAUCCAUUAUCAGCUAAUCACAGCUUGAAACCUCUGCCAUCUGUGCCAGAGGAGAAGAAACCUCGGAACAAAAUCAUCUCUAUUUUUUCUGGCACUGAAAAAGGAAGUAGAAAAAAGGAAAAAGAAAGGCCUGAAAUUUCUCCUCCAUCAGACUUUGAACAUACCAUUCAUGUUGGCUUUGAUGCUGUUACUGGGGAAUUCACUGGAAUGCCAGAGCAAUGGGCUCGACUGCUACAGACCUCAAACAUCACCAAGUUAGAGCAGAAAAAGAACCCCCAGGCUGUACUUGAUGUGUUGAAAUUCUAUGAUUCUAAAGACACAGCAAAACAGAAAUAUUUGAGCUUCUCUGCUACAGAAAAGGAUGGAUUCCCUUCAGGAGCACCAGCACCCAAUGCAAAAGUCUCGGAGCCUUCCGCAGCAGCUGAAGAAGAGGAUGAUGAUGAAGUGGCUCCUCCAAUUAUUGCCCCACGACCAGAUCAUACAAAAUCAAUUUACACACGGUCAGUAAUAGAUCCCCUUCCAGCACCAUCUGGUGACUCAAGCGACAGUGCUGCUAAAUCAGCUGAUAGGCAGAAAAAGAAAACUAAAAUGUCAGAUGAAGAGAUCAUGGAAAGGCUACGAACGAUUGUGAGCAUAGGCGAUCCUAAGAAAAAGUAUACCAGAUACGAAAAAAUUGGGCAAGGGGCUUCAGGUACAGUUUUCAUUGCUAUAGAUGUGGCAACAGGACAGGAGGUUGCCAUUAAACAGAUAAAUCUUCAGAAGCAGCCCAAGAAGGAAUUAAUUAUCAAUGAGAUUUUAGUAAUGAAAGAACUGAAGAACCCAAAUAUAGUCAACUUUCUAGACAGUUACCUUGUAGGAGAUGAACUCUUUGUUGUAAUGGAAUAUCUUGCUGGCGGAUCUCUCACAGAUGUAGUUACAGAGACUUGUAUGGAUGAAGCACAGAUUGCUGCUGUCUGCAGAGAGUGUCUUCAGGCACUGGAAUUCCUUCAUGCCAAUCAGGUGAUUCACAGAGAUAUUAAAAGUGACAAUGUGCUCUUGGGAAUGGAUGGAUCAGUUAAGCUGACCGACUUUGGUUUCUGUGCUCAGAUUACUCCAGAGCAGAGCAAACGUAGCACUAUGGUUGGGACACCUUACUGGAUGGCUCCAGAAGUGGUCACACGGAAGGCGUAUGGCCCUAAAGUGGAUAUCUGGUCUCUGGGCAUCAUGGCUAUUGAAAUGGUUGAAGGCGAGCCCCCAUAUCUCAAUGAAAACCCCUUGAGGGCACUGUAUUUGAUAGCAACUAAUGGCACCCCAGAAUUACAAAAUCCUGAAAAACUCUCCCCAAUAUUCCGUGACUUUCUAAAUAGCUGUUUGGAAAUGGAUGUUGAGAAAAGAGGGUCAGGCAAAGACCUGUUACAGCAUCCUUUCCUGAAACUGGCCAAACCUUUGUCAAGCUUGACGCCGUUGAUCCUAGCAGCCAAAGAAGCAAUGAAGAGUAACCGUUAGCAUUGCAGAUGUGGCCAUCCUUAUUUUUGUUCUUUAUUUUUUUUUAAAAAAAUCUUCGUAAUAUAUAAAUUGUUGCUCUUGUUAGGGGAUUGGAUGCUUGCAGAAAGGGGAAAAAAAUCUCACCUUGAAGACACAAGCAAAGAAAAAAACCCAGUGGUGUUAGUGAACUCUUCUUGGAGUCUGGAAGAAGUUGUGAACCAAAUCACUGGCCUUUUCACCACUUCUGCAGACAGCUCAGUAAUACAUUUUGCUCUCCCUGUGAGUUGUUUUUGAUGACUUUGCUGUACCAGAUCCCACUCGUUGUGCUCUUCAUGGCACUUUCAAUACUUGAACUACAGAUUCAAGCUUAUAGGGGAAGGCAUGUUACAUUGAUUUGCUGACCUUCCCCUCUUUCUUUUCCCUAGUCAUUCAUUCAGAAUAUGGCAAGCUCUGAGUUAUUAAAAGCAGAUAUGGUAGAAAUGUGAAAGUUCCUAUUUCCUUUCUCUUAAGGUUCAAUUUAGCUAUAACUGUUAAAAUGUUAACCCCCUGACUACCUAGUAACCUAAUUUUUCAGUGACUGUUCUUAAAGACAGAAGAACGUGGGUAGAGAGGGAAUUAAGAGUCUCAGCCAUGUUUGAUGUAGAAUUUUGUUGCAUGGACUUCUUAACGCAAAAGAAAGAUGUGUCUUGAGUUGUUGAGAGUGAAUACAUGUGGGGAAAAGGAGAAAAGUCUCAAAUGCUCAAACCAUCCUCUGGGCAUGGGGAAAAAACUCCAUUCCUGUGAAUUGUCUUCCACUCCUCCCUUGUCUAUGUAGGUUUGUCGAUAAUAUUUUAAAGGGAUGUCUUGAAAGUGUGUUGUUUUAUAGCAGAGUGCCGUAUCCAUGUUCUUACUUGGGCUUUGGGCUUUAUGCUGGUGCCUUCUGAAUUUUUAAAUUACCUUUCUUUGUAUUAAAUACAUUUUGUAUAUGUUGUACAUUUUCUCUCCAAAAGCAACUUUGGAGAAGUCAGAACUAAGUAUUAGGGCUCUCUUCCUUUCUAUAUAUAAAUAUAUUAAAAUAUAUAUGCACCAUUUCUACUAACAAAGACCCUUCAGAUUUGCAAAAAAAUAGAAGAUUCAAGACUUUUUGUAUAAUUCAGCCAAUUGAAGCUUCUGAACACCAAAAGUGCUAUUCUGUGAAAACAAAAAUGGGAGGCAGUAGAGUAGCUUAGAUUCAACACUUGAAUUGGCUUGUGAAUGGCUGGAGGAACGCAUUUUCCAUGGUCAUCCUUUCUCUUGAAAGACUUAAUCAACUACUGUGGGCGAAGAUGAACACAAGAACAAGUGCCUCCCUAAAUGAAAGAAAGUAAUUGGGACUACAGAUGGACUGACAUUUUGGUUGAGUUGGCCAGAGAUACCAUUGGAAUUUCCUUGUCACUCACAUCGGCCUUCUAAAAUCACUGUGGUUUAUGUGCAGCUUAUCUUGAUGGAAACUUCCUGAAUGAUAAUGUGCCAAAUAGAAACAUAAGGGACUCUUUAAUUUGAUACUGUAGCUUUCUCUCAUUUCUGCUCACUAUGUUUGACAGAACAUCUUAAAGCCCUAAAUAAGAAGCAACCUCUCAAAGCGUUUUGGACGAAAAGUAGAAAGCCAUUUUUUCUAUCUAUGAACAAUAUUGCUGUUUGUUGGCAUAAAAACAUCAUUUCUGCUGGGAUUUCAUGAACAGGUUGCAAAAUGUGUAUUAUCCAAGGUCUUUGAGUAGUAGUGAGCCAUGCAUCACAAAGGGUUCAGUCCUUCAGACCUUGCAGACCCUUGCGCCCUGUUAUAUACCAACAAAUGCCUUAUUAAUGCAGCUGAAAAUAGCACCACACUCCAGUCUGCAGCCAUGUAACCUUCCUGUUUACUUUCAAGCAUUUUGAAUGUGUGUUGCUUUGUUCUGAGGCAAUGUGAUGAUGUCUUGCUCUAAGUGCUAUUUUAGGUGCAGUUCUUUUCAUCACUAUGGCUCGCAGUGCUAUUACUUUAAAAGUUCUAAUAGUGUUGCCCUUAAAUUGAUAUGUGAUUCAAACCAAGAGAUUUCAAGAAACCAUACAGCUAAUUUUCAUACUUUAACUAUUGGGUCUUUGUCUGUUGCUGGCAAUGGAAUAUGUGGAACCCAUGACUCCUAUGAGUCCUAGGUGCAUUUUUUUUAGUGCUAGCAAGUUACUCAGAAAGUUAUAUUUCUAAACCAAAAAACUUUCUUUUAACUUCUUAUUUGUUAGGAGGAACUGGCUUUUGUAAAGGUUCCCAAAUCUUUGCUUACAUUGCUUACAAUUUGGAUUAGUUCAGCAGCAGUUGGAGCAUGUCCUGUGGUCUUUCUUAUGCCUUUAUGUAUUGAAUUUUGCUACAGUGUGUCUGAGUGGACACUCUUAGCUAUAACUUGCAGCUUCAGGUUAUAGCAGUGCAGAUGCCUGAUUUCCUUGUCCUUGUUGGGGGAUAUGGUUGAAGAAUAAGAAAACAGGAGGGAGCUGAAAUGGGAACCUAUCACUGAACAGAAGGUUCACUGUGUAAUUAUGCAUGCAGUUUCUAUAGUACAUGGAUUGAACAUAUACUGCAACUGUCUUAAAAGCUUGAUUUGGAAGUGAAAACAUGGCAGCCUUCUUCAUCUUUGAGGUCCAGUGAGGACUUCUAAAUGAGGUGAACAUACCCUGGCAAAAGGUGAGAAUAUUGAGCAGUGUGUUGAAAGGAUUUCUACUCUGAAUUUAUUUCUGGCUAUAAAUACAUCUUAAACAAAUAUUUUCUGGGUGCUAAUAUCAGUAUAGAUUGACAAAUUCAUAUGAGUACUUUAAAUUCAUAGUGACCUUUUUAUCAAUGUGGUCUGAUUGUUGAGAUAGCCUUGCAUUAAUUAACUUGAAUUCUCCAAAAUUGGACAAGAUCCCACUUGUAGAAAAAUAGAGAAGACAGUUCUAUAGAAAUUGCUAGAAAGAGCAGUACCUGCAGGGGAGAGCACAAGGCAAUAUUAUCAUAGUUACUUCAUUCAGUCAGGUCUAAUACAAAGUCACUAUGAGUUAAAAGUGCACAUGGCCAAAAGGUAUUUAUGGGACUCAGCUUUUGAAUCAUGGACAUGAUUGCAAUGGCAUACUGAGAACUGCAGAAGGGAAAGGGUGUCUCAUUCCAUGAAAGCAGGCUUACUUGGAAUUAGGCACUCCCAGGGUUCCCUCAGAUCCCAGAAAUCCAAAUGAAUCUGGCUUUUUAAAAAGAAAAAAAGAGCAUUUGUUGGCUUGAAUUGAGACAGUCGUCACGUCAGCAUGUAUCUUAAAAUCUAAGUGGUCACCGGACUUGUACUGUGGAACAAUUGGGAGUUAAUUUACUCCGCUACCAAGAUUUGAAAGAAUUUUUUUGUCUUCAUAGCUGAAAUCAAACAUACUUUCAAACAAUUUUCUUCACUGCUCCCAUUCUUUCACUUUGUCAGAUGAAAAUAGAAGUAGUGUAAACUUUGAUUUUUGUUUUUACUGUCUUCAGAUUUUGUUGCCUUUUGUUUAAUUUAAUCCCAUUCUGUUAUUUAAUUGUUACUGCAAUAUUAACUACUGUAUUUGACUAUGUUUAAUAACUUUGUUCUUUCAGGGCUAGAAAUAAACAUUUCUAAAAUA